GCCACUGGACACGCGAGUCGCGAACUACGAACACACGUGAACUCUAGCAUGUUGGUUGUAACUUUAACGUUGUACGUCAGUCUGUCCCUAACCGUUGUUGAAGAUUGUAGUUUAUGUUGGCGGAUUCUUUGCGACUGGUUUUGUUUUGAUAACAUGACUUCCUGAGUUCUUCAGCGUCAGAUGCAGGAGCUUCUAAAAUACAAUGGACGGAUCCGUGGAGGAUGGCGUGACGUGUCACAAACAAAGGGUUUCGCCAUUCUUGAGACAGUUACUGGCUGUGAGUGGUGUGGUGAUGUACAUGAUCGGCACUGGUGCCAACAUCGCGUUCCCUGGCGUUCUCCUGGAGCAGCUCCGGCAACCUGACUCCGUGCUGCGACUGACCCUGGAACACGAGUCAUGGAUUGCAUCAAUUCUGGGUUUGGCGCUGAUAUCUGGCAUCGUGACUGCACCCUUCGUUCUGCAGAGAUGGGGACGUCGCCUCACUAACCAGCUGAGCACUCUGCCCUCGCUAGCCGGCUGGGCGCUCCUCCUGUGCGCGAAAAAUCCAGAAACUCUACUAAUCAGUCGCUUCUUGCUCGGUUUUGCGAUGGGUCUUCAGGCAGCGGCAGCCCCUGUAUCAAUAGCUGAGUACUCCGCGCCGAAGCACAGAGGAGCAUUUCUUGCAACCAUUGCAUUUUCCUUUGCUACUGGGAUGUUGAUUUCGCAUGUCUUUGGGACCAUCCUAUAUUGGCGAACAGCUGCUGUAGCUUGUGGAAGUGUCUACGCUCUCUCUCUCUUGCUCAUUUCCUUGUCUCCAGAAACCCCUCCGUAUCUAGCUUCGAAAGGAAAGUUUGAGGAAUGCAUCAAAUCAUUCAGAUGGUGCAGAGGAUACGACAUCGAGUCUGAAAAAGAACUCCAAAUUUUACUCCACAGCCAAAAGAGAAUGACUCCGGGAAAAACAAAAAAAUCAAAAUUGCAAUUGUUCCGAGAGAUUGUCGUUAAGCCUGAAUUUUACAAGCCAACUGUGAUAAUGAUGUUCAUGUUUGUAUUGUUCCAAAUAUCUGGGAUGACUGUUGUGCCGUCAUAUACCGUGCCGAUGAUGCAGGAAGUAUCUGGUGGCGCUAUUGAAUCGUACGUCAGUAUGCUGAUGGUAGAUACAGACCGGUUUAUCACUGCUGUCCUAGCGUGUAUUGUCGUCAAUAAAUUCAACAGGCGGACUGUGCUAUUCCUCGGAAUUUCCAUUAGUGUAGCAUCAUUAUUGCUAACUUCAUUGCUGCUUUAUUUAAGGGACUUCGGAUAUAUACCAGACAAAUAUAAAUGGGUUCCAGUGAUACCGACUUUGGUAUAUAUCUUUGGAAAGACUCUAGGAAUACUUCCGAUUCCCUGGGCAAUUGCUGGCGAAAUAUUUCCAUUACCGUACAGAUCAUUAGGCAGCGGAAUUUCCGGAAUGUUUUUAUCUAUUAUGUUCUUCGUUGUUGUCAAGACUGCACCAACAUCUUUCAGACAAAUUGGUGUUAAAGGAACAUUUUGUGUUUAUGGACUGUGUAUUGCACUCUGCGGCGCCUUUCUCUACUUCUUACUCCCGGAGACAAAAGGGAAGACUUUGUAUGAAAUUGAAUGUCAUUUCAAAGGCACUCAAAAUGAGUCAGAAUCUGCAGCACACGAAAAGGACAAAAUGUUGGAACUGGAGAAUAUAGAGGGUGGUUGAGCGGUCGUUUAUAAAAAAUAGGGAACGCUUUCAGCUUAAUAGAGCUGGCCAAGUAGUUAGGAGCAUUAAUACCAUUGUAUGGAUUAUGGAAUUUACAAAAGCAUUGAAAUAUAUAGACAGUUUUAAAUGAUAUUUAUUCAAAAAUAACUUGUUACUUAGUAGUUGAACAAAAUUAAAAUAUAUUUUUACAAUUA